AUGAAACGUGUGGUGAUUGUCGGGGCCGGUCCCUGUGGGCUCGCGGCCCUCAAAGAGAUGGUCGAGAGUGGACAUGAGACAAUACUGUUUGAGAGAUCGGGACAACUGGGCGGCGUGUUUGCCAGUGCCACUGCAUACCCAAACCUGCACCUCACCAUCAGCAACUGGGCCAUGGCAUUCUCCGACUUCCCCGAUCCGACGAGGCUGCAUUAUUCCACGGCCCAAGAAUACCUGCACUACCUCCACGAAUACGCCCGCCAUUUCCACCUCGAACGUCGUAUCAGAUACCACACUGAAGUGCGCAGCGCCAGCUUGAGAGACGACGGGCUGUGGUCUUUGGAGAUCCAGACCUUGAUGGGAUCAGAGCAAUCCAUUUUCCACCUGCAGGCAGACGCUCUCAUUGUCGCCACUGGGUCGAAUGGCCUCCCCAAUGCACCACCCGCGGGUCUUUCCGAGUUCGACGGCCGUGUGAUCCACUCGUCGCAGUAUGAUGAAGCCUUCAAGCAGGAGGUCGCGGAGAAAAAGCUGAAAGUACUGGUGGUAGGAGGCGGGGAGAGCGGCGCAGACAUCUCAGCAGAGCUAGGCGACCUGUCACCCAAUGUCACGGUCUGGCUUCGCCGUCCCAUCUGCGUCGGGCCCCGAUACCUCAACAAGAAGGACGAAAUGGAACAGGUGGAAGCGAACAUGGCCGUCGACUUCCCCGCCAACGGCUUCCUCGAGGCCGCCACAACCAACCGCAUGAGCGCCGCCCAAAACGUGUAUGCGUACGGCUUCUUCCGCCGGCUGCUGUGGUGCACGCCCGUGCUGAACGGCACGCUCUCACGCAUGUCGCUGGCGAGCACGGCGUCUGCCUUCCUCCGAAACGAUCAGGCCACCUAUGUCACCAAGAACCAGCGCAUGUGCGAGGCGCUGCACGACGGGAAGAUCGAGGUCGUUGUCGCGCCGUCCAUGUCCGCACGCGGCCGAAGCUGCGAGUUUCAGUUGGCCGACGGCACGACGCAGCGGCGCGACUUCGACGCCGUCGUCCUCUGCACCGGCUUCCGCGUGGAGUUUCCGUGGAUCCGGUUGCCAGGAAAGCUGACGCUGUCAUCGACCCCCCGUUCGUGGUAUCUGCAUUGCUUCCCCGAGGGGCUGGGCCACUGCCUCUUCUUCGUGGGAUAUGCGCGACCGCAUCAGGGAGGCGUGCCUGUAAUGGCCGAGAUGCUGAGUCGAUAUAUUGCGUUGCUGCUCCGUGGUGAGAGGGAGUUGCCGCCUGAUUACUCAGCCCAAGCCAAGCGAGAUGCCGCAGCCUCGCGCGAGUAUUACAACCUGAGUCCCAACCUCCACACCCUCGUCGACUACAACGCAUUUUUGGAGAGCGCGGCAAGGAGGAUAGGUUGCGAGCCGAGACUGCCCCUGCUCUGUAUCCUAUUAUUCAACUUCCACAUGCUGACGGUCCUCCUCCUGGCUCUCCAGCUCUGCCACCCGACACUGCUAUGGUGGGGUAUCCGAUCUACGCUGCUGAUGUGGGCAGUGUCGAUGGCCGGCUUCUUCGUCCUCUACGACGGCUUGCUGAUCAAGUGGUGGUUCUAUCCGCACUGGGCGGUAUGGUAUCGCCAACGCGGUCCAAACGCCGAUCCGGCUCUGCUCGACGGGGUCUUGAAUCGGGUGAAUCUAUGGAAGUCGACCGCCAUCACCUCCGGGUAUUCACCUCCCUACAUCGCGGGGUGUCCUGCUCCGGCCAAAGCUCUUUGCAUUGCACGACUGCCCAUGGCGGCUGUCCGAUCUCUUCAUGCCAUGAGAUCCUUGGGUUGGUACCGUUGCCGAUAG